AUCGAGGUUGGGUUUUGGGGCGGGAUCUGAAGGGGGACCUGGGGCAAAACUGGGAAGGGGACAGGUGUGGGGGACCUGGGCCUGGGUCUGCGGGCCCCCCCUCGAGCGGGGCUCCGAGCGGUGGCGUCGGCGGCGGCACCAUCAGUCCAGGCCCUGCCCCACGGUCGCAUCUAGUCCCCAGCCCUAGACUCCAGGCCCUGCCCUAGUUCUGCCCUCGGAUGUCCGACCUCCCAGAGCCUGCAUGCGCCGUGGGGCGCCCCAGGACCAGGAGCUGGUGGGUCCGGGGGCCCCUGGGCGGGGGUCCCGGAGCGCCCCUCCUCCCUCGGGGCCGGUUGUUCCGGUCCUCGUCUUCCCCCCGGAUCUAGUAUUCAGAGCGGACCAGCGGAGCGGCCCCCGACAGCUGCUGACCCUCUACAACCCCACAGGAACUGCGCUUCGCUUCCGAGUCCUGUGCACAGCACCUGCGAAAUACACGGUGUUUGACGCCGAGGGCUACGUGAAGGCGCAGUCCUGCACUGACAUAGUGAUUCGCCAUGUGGCCCCCGUCCCCAGCCACUACGACGUCCAGGACCGAUUCCGCAUUGAGCUGUCGGAGGAGGGAGCCGAUGGCCGAGUGGUGGGCCGCAAGGACAUCACCUCGGUUCUCAGAGCCCCAGCACACCCCCUUGAGCUUCAGGGACAGCCCGCCCCGGUGCCCCCCCUGGGGCCCCCUGCCUGGACAGCAGCCCCCAUGGCCAGACCCUUCCAGGAGACCCCCCGCCAGCAGCUGGCCACCAGCUCCUUCCUGCUCUUCUUGCUGACCGGCACAGUGUCUGUGGCCUUCUUGCUGCUCCCACUCCAGGACGAAGUGGGCAGCCAGCUGCCCCAGGUCCUGCACGUGUCCCUGGGACAGAAGCUGGUGGCAGCCUACGUCUUGGGCCUCCUCACCAUGGUGUUUCUCCGGACCUGAGCCCCCUGCCCCCGUCCCCCCCAGGCCGGGACUCAGGCAGCCACUGUGACCUCUUUCCUUGCCUCUGCUCCCUCCUCCUCCCUACCCACUCCUCUCCCCCGUCCCCAGAGCAAAAUAUCCAGGGAUUUGUAUUCAUUUUCCAAGUUGAAUAAAAUAACUUUUUAAAGUU